ACAAGCUUGAGGUUCUAUGGAAAAUAGAGUAUAUGGAUGCAAGGCCUCGCGUUGACUUUAAUAAGAUAUAAAAUGCCCAGUCUUGCCCGAGUGUUUGAACUUACCCUCCCGCACCAUCAUCCAGAACUUGUAUCUACUUGUCACAUUCCACCAUUCGAAUCUCACCAUGCAUGCUCUCAGGACCUGCCUCCUCUCGGCGUUUUGCCUGACUUCAGCCACGGCAAAAUAUCUCGUGAGUUAUAAUGCAAGCGCCGGAGAUGACCCAAGCGUCCUAGGCGACUUGAAUCUUAAUGGUUGGCACCGGCUCGACUGGCCUGAUGGUCAAAGCCAGAACAGCUCGGUCUACUUCAAAACAGCGACGGACCCGGAGGGUAUACCCGCCGCGCACGUCCACAAGAGCGCCGACUUCACGCGCGCCGAGUACCAUAUGCUUAAAGAUAAGACUGUCAAAGAUAUGACGUACUACAUCGGGUACAAGGUGCGGUUCGAUGCCGUGGACUAUCAAACAUUCGUUUGGCAAUGGAAAAACUAUGAUAAGAGUACCGUUGACGCCGAUAACGUCCCCGCCGUCCUCACUUUCAGGAAAGAUGCGGAUGACUCUGAUUACCACACGAUUGUGCUUCAGGUCAACCCCAGUGCUAAAGACGGUGGUGCCCUCGUCGUCUGGUCAAAGGCUCUGACUAUGCGUAAGACGUACACGUUCGGAUUGGUGAUCAACACCUCGCAGAGCAGCGGCUACAUUCAGCUGUACUUCAACGGCGCGCUAGCCACGAUGACAGAUGCAUCUGGGAAAAAGACACAAAAGCUCGCAGGCAACUUCUUCCCAGGCGGCGGGAACGCUAAUUCCAGCCCUAAGGUUGGAUUGUAUGGAAACGGUUUGAAUGAUAAGGGCGCGGCGGGUUGCGACUCGUAUAUCUAUAACGUGAUUAUUGGAACUACUUUGGCGAAUAUCGAAGAUAUACCUGGUGUGGUCAACAAGUGAUAGAACGAGGAGAUAUAUAUCUCGGAGGUCAUGUAGGUUAGGUAAUCGCAUAUAUACGUAAGUAGGCAGCGUAGAAGAUAACCUGUACGUGGGAUAAAUGGAUGUAGUAUUCGGUAAUUAGGCGUAUUCGUUACAGAUGCGUACAGACGAUACAGAACAGUCAAUCUAGACUGUACAGACUGGAGGCAAUUCGUUAAUACACUGACCUAACAAUUAAAUCCGUGCACUCACCAGUUUCCUACCAAAAUCUACCCCCUUCA